AUGAAAGAGCUUGAAAAGAUCUUUGAACACUCAGUUAAUCAAGCUGUUGAAAAAUCACUGAGGGAGAGCAAGGCUCUGGUGGUUUAUUGCAGCAUUGGCGAUGAUUUAUGGCUGGAAAAAUGGCUCACUAAGGAACUGGGCAAUACGGUAAAAGAUAGCUGUAUAUUGCUGAAACUGCUACGUGAAGCACCUGAUUUUCCAUAUUUUAAGCAGAUUUGCCCACAAGUCUCUUUUCCCAGUGUUUCCUGUAUCGUGGAGGGUCAAAUUGCCGCGGUUUUGACCAGCGACAAUGCAGCGGAGAACAGAGACACACUGUUGGCGUGUUUGAAACUACCUCUAGGAAGAACGGCAUCACCAGAUGAAGAUAAUAAAGCUGAACGAAAUACCAAUAGUGACGAAGUCACGAUUAAGGAUCAAACAUCACAGAAAGCGACGCAGAUUUACCAAAACAGUAUCAAGAAACAGUGGAAAAUCGACAAAGAAGAACGGGAGAGAAUUAUUCAGUUGGUCAAGGCCGAUCGCGAAGAGUUUCAAGCCAAAAGGCGAAUGAGUGUUGAUCCUGCACAGCUACAGACUCCCUCCAGCACUUUAGACAGCAUUCGUGAUAACAUUAAAAACACUGAGCAUUUGUUGGCGAAGACUUGCAUUCUUCAAAUACGUCUUCUCAAUGGACACUCCAUCACUCAUCAGUUUGCAUCUUCUGCCAAUCUAAACGCGGCAAGACAAUGGGUGGACACGAAUAGAAAUGACGGGGACGCACCAUACGUGUUCUUAAGAAGCAUACCUCGAGAAACCUUUAUGGAAUCAGACGAAUUAAAGACACUUGCUGCAUUGCAGCUUACGCCGCGGUCCGUGCUCAUUUUAAAAGCGGUAGAAAAUGACACCAAUAGACCUCGUGUAGUUGAUGCCCAAGGGCCAGGCCUCCUGGGUAAAAUGUUCAAAUCCCUUUCCGGCUGGUGGGGUUCAGGAAAGGUGGACCAAGAUGAAAAGCUCAGUCGGCCGGUUUCUAGGUCAAACAUCGCGCAAAUGGAAGAUUCGAGUUCAAUUCCAUCUUCGAGGUAUGUUUCUCCAGCCAAUUCUCCUCAAAUAAAGCAUCAGCUUGGGCGCAACCCGUCUGAACUGAGCCUUCCAUCGAGGCCCGUUUCCCCCAAUAUUUUUCAGUUUGUUAAUGCGGAUGACGAAAACAGCGAAGACGACUCACAUCGCAAGACAUUCAAUGGUAAUAGCGUUAAGCUCGAGGACAAAAAGGACGAUGGUGUAGAAAUUAAUUAG